CGCCCCGGCGGGCCGCGGGGAACCGGUGGCCAGGGAGGAGGCGAAGCUGGGCCCGUGGCUGGUGGCUGGGAAUCCGCUGACAGAGACAGCCAGGGGCAGGGGGAACAGGAGGCAGAGAGCCUGCCCCACGUACCCGCCUGCUCCAGGCGAGACCGGGGAGCCCCGUCCUGGAGUGCUCAGCCAGAGCGGAGCAGAGCUCGGACACUGCUCACCGGCACCUUGCACUGGUCCUCCAGGCGGGGUGGACAUGGGCAUUGGCUGUGCCCUGGCAUGCAGGUGCCUGUGCAGGGGCCCUGGGGCUGCCAGUGACUGGCCCGGGCCGGGGGUGUAACUGGUUCCAUGGACAUGGCGGCGAGGGACAGGUUUGCAGAGAUGCAGGACAGGCUUCGAAUCCUGGAGGACCUCAACAUGCUGUACAUCCGGCAGAUCGCGCUCAGCCUGCAGGACACAGACAUCCAGAAGAAGAUUGACCACGAGCUCCGGAUGCGCGAAGGUGCCUGCAAGCUACUGGCAGCCUGCACACAGCGGGAGCAGGCGCUGGAGGCAACCAAGAGCCUUCUAGUCUGCAACAGCCGCAUCAUGGCCUACAUGUCCGAGCUGCAGCGCAUGAAGGAGGCGCAGGUGGCGCAGAGGACAGCCCGGCGCCCCUCGGACGCUGGCCCCAUGGACGAUCGCUUACCCUGCAGGGGGAAGGUCUGCGUGUCAGAUCUCCGGAUCCCCUUGAUGUGGAAGGACACGGAGUAUUUCAAAAACAAGGGAGACCUGCAUCGCUGUGCCGUGUUCUGCCUGCUGCAGCUCGGUGUGGAGAUCUAUGACACCGAGAUGGUGCUGGUGGACCGGACGCUCACUGACAUCUGCUUCGAGAACGGGGUCCUCUUCACGGAGGCGGGCCCAGACUUCGAGCUGAAGGUGGAGCUGUACAGCGCAGGGCUGGAGGAGGACUCUGCACUCGGUAGCACCCCGAAGAAGCUGGCUAGCAAACUGAGCAGCUCGCUGGGACGCUCUUCCGGGAAGCGGCUGCGCGCGGCGUUGGACGGGGCCCCAGGGAGCCCCGUGAGUAACGGGGGGAGCAGCCCCCUCCUGCUGCCGGCCCCCAGCGUGGCGGGCCCCAAGUACCACCUGCUGGCCCACACUGUGCUCUCACUGGCCGAGGUUCAGGACAGCUUCCGCACCCAUGACUUGGCCAUCACCAGCAAUGAGGAGAGCUCCUUCUGGCUGCCCCUCUAUGGCAGCAUGUGUUGCCGCCUGGCUGCCCAGCCCAACUGUAUGGCCCAGCAGAUGAUGUGCGGCUUCUUGAAAUUGCAGCAGCAGGUGGGCGAGCAGCAGAGCUGGGUGCGGCUGUUCUGUGUGCUGCGGGGCUCCAACCUCCUCUGCUACCGCCGGCCCCAGGACACCGAGGCCCCGGUGGAGCCGGCACUUACCAUCGCCAUCAACAAGGAGACGCGGAUGCCGGCCACGGAGGAAGGACCAGGAAGCUGCAGAGCAUGGUCGGUGACAACCAGCUAUGGGGGGGAGGAGGUGACGCACACGCUGCUUGCGGAGGAGCCGGGGGGCCCGACACGACAGCGGCUGGAUGGAGGCCUUCCUGGCAGCAACUUCUACGACCUGAGCCAGUGGAAGCAGUGCUGCGAUGAGCUCAUGAAGAUUGAGGUGCCGUCCCCACGGAAGCCCCCAGCCCUGCUGGCCAAGCAGGGCUCUCUGUACCAUGAGAUGGCUCUCCCUGGCCCUGCGGUGCCGCCCACGGCCUGCGAGGGGCUCCUGCUCCAGGAUAACGCUGUCUCCGCUGAGAUUCGGGCGCUUCUCUCCUCCUAUUACAGUGACAGCUAUUGAGCCUGUGGACGACAUUGAGGCCGUGACGGACAUCCUGGCACGGCGGGUGACGGCCCUGGAGCUGCGGCCGGAUCUUGGC